AUGUUUGGUGCAGGUUCCUUUCCUGUCAUAAGCCCUGCUCCACAUAGAACUGGUAAUGCUUCUGCAACAAGCCAUGGACAUUCAGGUUUAAAUCAUAGUCCUGCUCCAGCGCCGCUAGCCUUGCCUCCAUCGAAUGGAAAAGAUGGAAAUCCAGCGUAUGCUCCACAUCGCCCUCAUCAAUAUCAUCCCCCUUCAUAUUCUCCAGAAUCUGCUCUACCACCUGAUAAUCCUGCAUUCAGAAAGCCCAGGGCUUUGGCACCAGUACCAAGUCAUUCCUUGCCACCUCCACCUCCAAAUUCAUACUGCACGGCGUUGAAUUGUGAAGAACCUAUGACCAAUAGUCCUCCAGGAACAUGUCUCUGUGUAUUGCCAAUAAAAGUUGAGCUUCGAUUAGGUAUAGCACUGUACACGUUCUUUGCAUUGGUCUCAGAACUUGCACAGGAAAUCGCAUCUGGAGUGUUCAUGAAACAAAGUCAAGUUCAUGUUAUGGGAGCAAAUGCUGCAACUGAAGAUCCUCAGAAGACAAUUGUCUUCAUUGAUCUUGUGCCACUGGGAGCAAGAUUUGACAAUACAACAACAUUUUUAGUAUUUGAAAGGUUUUGGCACAAACAGGUCAUCAUAAAUCCUAUGGAUUUUGGAAACUAUGACGUGUUAUAUGUUCAAUACCCAGGUCUUCCUUCGUCACCACCAUCAGCUCCUGGAAACCUGAACAACAGUCUUAGCAAUGGAAAUGAUCAACACCCACUUGCUGCUGAUAUAAGAAACCACAGAGAAACAAAAAGCAGAGGCAUAAUUGUGAUUAUUGUCCUAUCAAGUGUCUUUGCUUUAAUUUUAUGUGCUGGAGCUGCAUUGGUGAUUUAUUUCAAGCUUAGAAACCGCCAUCAUUUAACUGAAGCGUCAGUUACGCCAGAAAAGCCUGCAGAUUCUGCAAUAGCCGGAAGUAGGCUAGAAAGCAGACCUAUCUCGGCAUCACCGUCAUUCAGCUCAAGUAUAGUAGCAUAUAAAGGAUCUGCAAAAAUAUUUAGUUUGGUUGAAAUGGACAGAGCUACACAUAGAUUUGAUGAGUCCAGGAUAAUCGGUGAGGGUGGUUUUGGACGUGUGUAUGAGGGUAUUCUUGAGGAUGGAGAACGGGUUGCUGUCAAAGUUCUUAAGAGGGAUGAUCAGCAAGGAACCCGGGAAUUCUUGGCUGAGGUUGAGAUGCUCAGCCGGUUGCAUCACAGAAACUUGGUUAAGUUGAUAGGUAUAUCCUCGGAGGAGCAUGUGCAAUGUUUGGUAUAUGAGCUUGUUCCGAAUGGAAGUCUGGAAUAUCACUUGCACGGAUCAGAUAAGGACACUGCUCUUCUUGAUUGGGAUGCUAGGCUUAAAAUCGCACUUGGCGCGGCACGUGGUCUUGCUUAUUUGCAUGAAGAUUCAAGUCCUCGCGUUAUACACCGUGACUUCAAGUCAAGUAACAUUUUGUUGGAACAUGACUUCACCCCCAAGGUUUCAGACUUUGGCCUAGCAAGAACUGCUAUAGGCGAGGGGAACGAGCAUAUCUCAACUCGGGUUAUGGGGACUUUUGGGUAUGUUGCUCCUGAAUAUGCGAUGACCGGGCAUCUUCUAGUAAAGAGCGAUGUCUACAGCUACGGCGUUGUCCUUCUCGAGCUUCUCACGGGCAGGAAACCUGUAGACAUGUCAAGGCCUCCAGGGCAAGAAAACUUGGUGACGUGGGCCUGUCCUUUUCUAACAAACAGAGAUGGUUUGGAAACACUCAUCGAUGCAUCACUUGGAAGUAGCAUCCCGUUAGACAGCAUCGCAAAAGUAGCAGCAAUUGCUUCCAUGUGUGUUCAGCCAGAGGUGGACCAGCGGCCGUUUAUGGGGGAAGUUGUUCAGGCCUUAAAGUUGGUAUGCAAAGAAGGCAGUGAGUUCAAUGAGUCAAGAAGUUUUAGCCAAGAUUUGCAUAUCCAAGAUGCUGAGGUUGAUAUGGAUGCAGGCCCAGUGCUGUCUACCGAGCAGUUCACUACAUCGGCGCGUUAUGAUACGCUGGACGCCUCUGGUUCUUUUCGGCGGUAUUCGAGUUCAGGUCCUCUGAGGCUCGGUAGAACUGAACGAAACAGGGAGAGGGGCUUAUCAACAGGAAGCUCAAGUGAACAUUGUGGUCUACAACGAUUUAGGAUGGACUCAGAGUAGUUAACGUGCGGGCUCAUUUUGAUGACCUGCGCAACGAGGAAGUACCAUCGGCUUAUUUUCUGCAAGCCGUGUCGGGACUUUAUAUUUACUGUGAAUAUUUCAGAAACGAUGCGAGAAACGGUGUACAGGAUGAGGAGUGACCCAAUGGUGGAUGGCAAUGUAGGCCUGGCAUACAUAACAGUUGUGUGAGCUUUCUGCAGCCUUUUUCUUGACAAACUGCAUCCGGGGAGCUUCACAACAGAACAAGAGAACUUCAUUUUCCUUCGUUGGCUAGUAACCGUUUCUUAAACUGCAAGUCCUUAUGCGGAUUACAGAGGAAGUGGAGGGUAAUAUAUGCGGUGGAUUGCACUUCAAAGGAAAUUCCCCCUUUCCUCUGGAGAGAGUACAUGUGGGUGGUUGAGCUUGUUGAGACCAUGGUAGAACACACGUGAAAAGUAGUGGCGAAAUAAACAUAAGAUGUAGGAUAUGACUCUUCUCUUUAUCAUCCAGUUCUUGUGAGAUGAUAUAUAUGUGACAAUUUUUGUAGCUCUACCCCUCAAUAUAUGGGUGACUUGAUAGGUGUAAUUGAGUGGGAUUUCACCUCUCCUUUUCUUGGAAAGUAGGAAAGGGCUGAAGGGGUUCAAUCAUAACAGUCGCUCUUGGACUGCGACUUGUAGCUCUGGUAAAACUUGCAAAACCCUAUUAUGGGCAAAUGGAGAAAGAAUAGUUGCAUACUAUGGCUUUGCUGCACGAA